AGCUUGCAGCUAAGAAUUAAAUUAAUUUCGAAGAUGUCUCACUUAAAUCAUUUUACAAAGUAAGACUUCUUCUUAACUCUGUUAGAUACAAGUUUUAUCACCCGUACAAGCCUGAAGGAGAUCAAACAGGUCAAACAAGGAGGAAGUUAGAAAGACUUUUAAUGGAGAAUAAUAGCACAAAAAGCUGUUGAGAAAAUCUCAAAAAUAUAAUCCCCUGUGAAGACCACCUGCAGGUCUGAAUACAAUGCUCUACUGUGUAUGUAUCAAAACUAGAGCAUUCUCAGAAAUCUACUCAGCUGAGAAGCAAGUAUAAUCACACAGUGAAAGAGAAAACUGAGACUUUUGUGUGUGAUGAAGAAAUAAAUCCCCCAAAAUAUUUUCGAAGAUCUCUGAAGGAUGAACAACAAGCACCUAGAAUGAGAUCUUAUUCUCAAAGAAUUGUGUUCGAGGAGCAUCUUCCCAGUGUCUAUAUGUACUAUUUCAAAGAUUGCAGGUUCAGUAUCAAGCAGAGAGAAAGAAUAUGUACUCUUGCAUUCUCAUAUUUCAUACAAAUGUGAGUGAACCUCAAGAAUUUGGAAGAAAGAGACUUAGACAUGCUAGUGAUAACAUGUUUACUCCUGGCUUCAAAACUGGAUGAAAUCGAUGAUCACCUUCCCUCGUUUGAGUACAUGGUCUCACACUAUAACAAAUCCUCGUACAGGAUAAUGCACUAUGGAUCGAGAUUAACAAAGCACGGACACUUUCAGCAUUCAAGGCUUGAAGAAUGUUGCUUAAAAACUUUAGAAUGGAAUUUAAACCAAACUACAGUAAACGAUUUCCUCAAUUCCUUAUUUACACAAGGAAUAGUCCUUUCGACAGAUAAGCCUAAAUAAACAAGUUCAGGAUUAUGGUGAUGAAGAUGACAUGAAUGCCAACAGUGGAAUCAUCACUGAAGAUUUAAUCAGGUUGAUCAAAUCAACAGCGAAUUACUUCUGAAAUUUAAUUCAUUUCAUUCUACCUCUGCUGAACUACAAAGCUUCACUCUUGGCAGCAUCUUGUGUUUAUCUAGCUAGAGAUAGCCACGUGAAUCCCACUUGGAGUAAGGAUCUUGUCAAACUCACUACUUAUGAUAAAUCAGAUAUGGAAGAGUGAAUAGACCUCAUGGUUGCUCAUCUAAAUACAGUCAAGCUUGGUGGGAAGAUUUUUGAUAUUUCGUAUAUUAUUGGCAAAGCUCCUUUCGAAGUAAACUCAUUCUACUCUCCAAUCAAACCUCCUAGAGAAGAAGCUAGUGCUGAAAAACAGGAAGAGAAGAAAGAAAACUUGAGAGAUAAAAAGAUAGCAUCUUACAGCCCAAAAAGAUCAAUUCCAAAACCUGAUAUUCAAAGCCAAAAGCAUAAGACCGAAGCUAAAGUAAAGCAGAAGCUCACCAAAAAUGACAGUAAAACCGACAUCCUCCUAAACGAAAGCCCCUAUCUCACCAACAGAAUCCUCCAUACGAUCAAUACACAAAGCUACGGAAUCCCUUGCAGCACCAAAAACCAGCUCGCUCCAGUCAUGGCCAAGCCUCAUCAACGCAAACUUUACAAUAUAAAACCUCAAAAACUCUUCAAAUAAAAAGCAAAUUUUCGAUAAAUCCCACUCAAACUACAGAAGCCAGAUCGGACUGAACUCUCACCGCAGAGAAAUAAUCACUCGGCCAAAUGAAAGCUUCCUCUAUCUUCCGUCCAAGUCUCACUUGGCAAGAGGAGCUCUCCCUCUUGAACAGAGGAGCCGGUCGAGGAUCCAAGGCGGGAACCCGCCUUGUAGCGGCUCCUUUGUGACUCAGAGAGGGGGAGAGUUCUUUUAUCAGCCUGAGAAGAGGAUCAAGAAGGCUAUGAGUCGAAGGAAUAUUGCUAUUGUGGAGAAUACCACUGUAAUGCAAGGAUUAGAGAGAGGGAAGCAGCCAAGGCAAGCAAAGAUUUUUAGUGACAAGAAAGAACAACAGAGUGACAAACUUCUGGCGAACCAUCUGAAGAAAUAUAGCUUAGCAAUGAUGCAUGAGAAAGAUGAGGAUACAUCUCUGAACAAAAGGUUUGACUUAGCAACUGUAGAGCAGAUAUAAAAGAAGUUAACGACUCAGAAAAUGCUGACCAGAGUCCGAGUGUUCAGCAGUUUGUAAGGAGAAGAAAAUUUCCACAUUGGAAUGGAGAAUCAAUUGAUCAUGAAACACUUCCUUCUGUCUCAAAGUUAUCUUCGCAUACUGAAUUAAAUUCAGCCAAGAAGCCUCAAUUAAAGCCAACUCUUCGUUUUCUACAAGACGGAAUAAGCUAUUCUUACAAAAAGAACAAGUAUGUCAGAAAUAAUCGGGCCUAAUCUUGUCCCUAAAGUUUUCUUAAAAUUCA